UAAAUUUUAUGUUUUAAAAUGUAAAAAUGUGCAAAAAGUAAAAUUUUUUUGAGGUUUGAGUUAGCCACGAAAUACACAUUUUAUCGUCAAUUCUCUAAAUUACACGAUGUUUCCCUGCAUCCCAACUUUAAUGGGCUGCAAUAGACAGAUUGAAUAUAUAGAUAAAAGACAUUGCAGUUUACCUAACGUACCAGAAGAUAUAUUUAGAUAUAGCAGGACUCUUGAAGAGCUUUUACUCGAUGCUAAUCAUUUAAAAGAUUUACCAAAAGGCCUGUUUAAGCUGACAAAACUACGAAAAUUUACCUUUAGUGAUAAUGAAAUUAACAAAAUACCUUCAGAAAUAUCUAAUUUAACCAAUCUUCAAGAAUUGGAUGCCAGCAAAAAUGAUAUAAUGGAAAUUCCUGAAACUAUAAAAAAUUGCAAAAACUUACAAACAAUCGAUUUUAGCAGUAAUCCUAUACAGUUAUUACCCGAAUCCUUUACGAUGCUGAAAAAUAUUACACAUUUAAGCCUCAACGACAUAUCCUUAAUCCGCUUGCCUAACGAUAUUGGAGAUUUGACGAAUUUGGUUUCCUUGGAAGUCCGUGAUAACAUGCUCCACAAUCUUCCACCUUCGAUGCUCACUUUACCUAAAUUGGAACGGCUUGAUUUGGGAAAUAACGAAAUAUCAAUUCUGCCCGAACAGUUAGUUCUACCAAGUUUGCAAGAAUUAUGGUUGGACGGCAACCAGCUGGCCUCCUUGCCAUCUUCCAUAUGCAAUUUAGCCAAAUUAAGUUGCGUAGAUCUAUCCGAGAAUCAAUUAACCACUCUGCCCAACAAAAUUGGGAAAUUGGUCAAUCUGACCGAUUUGGAUGCCAGUAAAAAUGAGCUGAUAGACAUUCCCUCGUCUAUAGGCGAAUUGAAAGAUCUCACCAUUUUGAAAUUGGAACAAAAUAAAUUAACCACGCUGACGGAAGAUAUUGGAAACUGCAAAAAUCUCCAAGAAUUAGUGUUGACAGAAAACUCCUUAACCCAAGUACCGGCUUCUAUUGGUCAUCUCAAACAACUCAACACCCUUAAUAUCGAUAGGAAUAAACUUUCUGAAUUGCCCACUCAAAUCGGGGAUUGCAUUCGAUUAACAGUUUUGUCUACCCGCGAAAAUGAGUUAACUAAACUGCCCGAAAAUAUUGGGUCUCUCAAGAAUUUGUUGGUCCUCAAUCUCUCAGGAAAUAAAAUCAAAAACUUACCAAUGUCCAUAGCCAAACUAACGCUAAAGGCUUUGUGGCUUUCCGAAAAUCAAAAUCAACCCAUGCUAAACCUGCAAACUGAUAUAGAUGAGGCGACAGGCAGUAAAGUGCUUACAUGUUACCUCCUACCACAGUCAAAUUACUAUCCCACCAAUUUUGAUACUGAAAAUAAUCACGAUAAUCCUUCCUCGAACCAUGACAAAUUUAUGGAGAGAAAUAUCAAAAAUAUAAAUUUAAACGAGUCCUUGAGAAGUAGCGUUUUCAGUGCUGGAACCGAUGAAAAUGACCAGAAAUCUUUUCCUCCUAAAACCACCUUCAAUCUUACUCCCAAAAAAGAUGAAAAUUCUUCUCUCUUAAAUAAUUCAACUGAGGAUUCAGGAAAAGUUAGAAAUUCUAUCGUGAAAUUCCAAGAAAGCGAUUACGAUAGCGAAUAUGAAGAUAAAAAGUCUUUCUUUAAAAGACACGAUACGCCUCAUCCCAAAGAAUUUAAAUCUAGACAUCCAAGAUUAUUUUUCGGCAAAAAAUUGCAACAAAAAGAAUCCUCUAAAAGCGCAGAUUCUCAAGUUAAGAAUAAACGGAAAGAAGACAAGGAACUUAAAAUACAGGCUAGAAAACUCAAUGCCGAAUUCGAAGGUAACCAGAUACCCAAUAACGUCAACAAGGAAUAUAUUAAGCCUCACCCCGUCCCUAAAACAGCUGUCGACGUCAAUACUUCAAAUAGAUUUCUAACCGAAGAAGACCUAAUCAAGGAAAACUCCCUCGUAAGAAACGCGGAUCCGGCCAAAUGGUCCCAGGCCUCUAUAACCUCCUCUUCGUCCUCUACGAAUUCUUCUUCCCCUCGCCUAUUAAACCCCCACAAUCCAUCCCCGCAAAACGUCAAAAAACAAACUAAAAACGAUAAAAUGUCUCCCAAUUCUAAAUUUGUCGCCUUUUCUAAUCUCUCUUCGACCCAAUCUCGUGAUUUGACAGAUGGCGAUAAAAUGGUCUACGAGGAAGGGGAACCAGUUCUGAAACGCAUAGACACUCCCCAUCCCCUCAAGAAUAAAAGAGUCAACGUGCCAUUGAAUCUGGAAGGAGGAGACAAUUUAAAAAUUAAACAACGAGAUAAGGUAAUAGAAAAGAUAAUCGACUCGGAAAGACCUUUCAUAGGUUGUCCCGAUGUGCAGCAAUUGGUUGAAAAAAUAAACAUAGAAGAUAGACUUGCCUUUUUAAAUCCUUACCAAAUUUCGGAAACAGAAAAGGAGACCCUUAAAAGGAACUCUGUCCGGGAAGGUUCACAACUUAAAGAAAUCUUUCAUAAAGAUUUCGAUGUUGUCCAUAACAACGCCCUAAGAUUUGUCAUCGAUAGAGAGGACAUAACUCUUAAUGGAUUCGGGUUAAGUAUAGCUGGCGGUAUUGGGUCUGCGCCUUACAGAGAUGACGAUCAGGGCGUAUUCAUAUCAAGAGUAACGAUCGAUGGGCCAGCUUACAAAGCCGGUUUGAGAACAGGAGACAAAAUUAUCAAGGUAAACAACUCUGAUUUCACUGUCGGAAUAUCACAUGCUAAUGCCGUCGAAACUUUGAAAACCUGCGAUAAAUCUCUACCAUUGACCUUAUACGUUGUCAGAUCGAUUGCGUCCGAAUCCAUAUUACCCAAGGACAUAGUAGUUAAAAAUCCUCCUAUACCACCCAAACCUUUAUCUCUGCCGUUAAACAAUAAUCUCAUCCUAACUCCUACCUCUACCACGAACAUUUCCAAUAUCUCGCAGAAAUCUCAGCAUUCACCAUUAGAUUCGAUAAAAACUUCGAUGCCUUCUAAAAUUAAUACUCCCAGUAUUUUCAACAGAAUUUCCCCUUCCCGACACAACAAAAACAAAAAGCUUAUCCAUGUAUCUCUACUGAAAACAAAAACGGGCCUCGGAUUUAGUAUAGCGGGAGGUAAAAUGCAUCCCACCGCGACUGCUUCUAUUCUUCAAGCCUUACACGAAACAAACCAAGAUAUUAUCACUGAUGAUCAACCAAUCUACAUAUCAGACAUUGUUCCCGGAGGUGUGGCUGAUAAUUCUAAACAACUGAAAAUUGGGGAUCAAAUCGUAACUAUAAAUGGAAUAGAUAUGAUGGAUGCGAGGCAUGAUCAAGCGGUAACAUUGUUAACUGCCAGCUUUAGUCCUAUUGUACGUUUAACAAUAUCUAGGGAUUUGGAUGGUAUUUCCGAGCCUAACUUGGGCAAUCAUAUGGACCAUGGAUUGAAUAAUCCCUCUAAAAUUAACAGGAUACUUAGCGAGGAAAGAUACAUGCUAAAUCACGGAUCUCAUAAAUAACCUAAAUGACUAUCUAGAGGGAGAUCAUUUUUUUAAGAAAAGUUUAUAAAUCAGAAAUUACUCAUUCCUUUACAUUAAAUUCAGAUUAACCUACUCGUAAAAUUAUGGACUAAAUUAUUCAAACGUGAUUUCUAAUAAUUCUUGUUUUUUUAAAAUAGCAAUACAUCGAAUUUAAAAUUUUAAAAUCAAAUUCGCAUUCCCAUUUAUCAAAAUCUUAAUUGUAAAUAAAAAUAAUUUAAUUCUUAAAAUUAUGCAAUGAAUAUAUCCUUUU